AUGGCAGUCACCAGCCAUGACGAGGACGAAACCCACGCCACGUCCCAGAACGUCAACACCAGCACAAUCCCACUGCUCGGCGAGCACGACGCCGACGACGACGACAGAAUAUCACAUUAUGAGGCACAACACGAGGUCAAACCACUCCUCCAAGCCCGUCUCCGCCUAUACUGGCUCGCAACAGUCCUGUGCUGCGGCGCAUUGCUCUUCGGCUACGACUCCGGCCUGAUUGGGGGCGUGCUAACAUUCACCUCCUUCCACGCCGACUUCCGCUUUGGCGACUAUGGUCCCCCCAGCGAAACCACUGUCAGCGCCAUCGCUGUCGGAACACAGCAAAUCGGCGCCCUGAUCGGCUGUCUGGCCAUCUGGCCCGUGAACAACUACCGCGGCCGCCGCAUGGCGAUAGGCGUGUGCUCGCUCGUGUUCUGCAUGGGCGUGCUCCUCGAGCUGAUCAACGGGCUCUCCCUCUCCUUAUUCUAUCUCGGCAGAUUCAUCGCGGGUCUCGGCGUCGGCGGCUCGUCCAGCGUCAUCCCCAUCUACCUAUCCGAAAUGGCGCCGCGAGAAAUCCGCGGCCAGCUGGGGAGCUGCUACCAGUUCAUGUUCACCAUCGGCAUCUUCGCGUCAUACUGGAUCGACUAUGCAGUGGGCAUGAUGGCAUCGGGGUCGCUGCAGUGGCAGAUCCCCGUUGCGCUUCAACUCGUGCCGGGAGGUGUAAUGGGGAUAGGCGUGUUGACGCUGCACGAAAGCGUGCGCUGGCUCUCGUCACGCGGCGAGCACGAAAUGGCGCGGCGCAGCCUGGAAUGGAUCCGCGCCAACAACUCGGCGCUCGUCGCGGACGAGCUGCUCGAGAUCCGCGCCGGCAUCGAAGACGAGCAGCGCGAAAAGGCCGGCUUGUCGAUCCUCGAGCUGUUCGAGUGGCCCAACGCGCACCGCAUUCUCCUCGCAAUCGGCAUUUUCCUAGCCCAGCAGUCGACCGGCGCCACCGCACUGGCGUACUUUGGUCCGCAGUUCUUCGCGCUCAUCGUCGGGCCCGGUGAUAGGACGUUGCUGUUGACGGGGAUAUUCGGCUUUGUCAAGGUGGCCUCGUGCGGGAUGUUUAUCUUGUUCAUGUCUGAUCGCUUCGGGCGCAAGACGCUGCUUUUCACCGGCGCUGCGCUCAUGGCGAUUUGUAUGUUUGUGACUGCUGCGCUCGUCCGCUCGAUCACGCAUGGCGAUAGCUUAACCCCUACCACCACUGACUCUACUACUCUACCUACCACUACAAUCACAGGCAUCAUAACCGUCGCCCUGAUCUACCUAAGCAUAAUCUUCUUCAAUCUAAGCUGGGGCCCGCUCCCCUGGCCAUACACAUCGGAGAUCUUCCCAACCCGGAUCCGCGAAUCCGGGGUGACAUGCGGGGUCAGCGCGCAGUGGUUUUUCAAUCUUGUGUGGAGCUCUGCGACGCCGUUUCUGUUGAAAAGUCUCGGGUGGGCGACGUUUUUGUUGUUUGGCGUGUUGGAUGUGUGUGUGAUGUUGUUUGUGGUGGGGUGUUUGAAGGAGACGGCUAGAAAGACGUUGGAAGAGAUUAAUGCCAUUUUCGCACUAGAUAUAGAUAACUAG